AUGCAACUUAUUCCAAACUUUGUAGUGGUUUUGAUGACUAAAAAUAUGGCAGAGGUUUUUACAACUAUUAGUCAUUUACCUGAAGUAGUCUUGCAUUAUGACACCACUUUCAAUAUCGGAGAUUUUUACCUGUCAAUUCUGAUUUUUAAACAUCCAUUAUUUGAAAGCAAACCAGUUAUACCAUUGGCAUAUCUUAUGCAUCAUACAAAAAAGUACGAAGUUCAUAAAGUUUUUUUUGAAACUAUUUUAUUAAGAUGUAAUGCACUUGGGUACAAAGGUUUAAAGAUUGUGACUGACCGAGAAGCAGCAAUCAUAAAAGCAAUUAAAACAGUGCUUCCAGAUAUAAAAUUGUUUUAUUGUUGGAAUCAUUUACAAAGAGAUGUUGGAUUCUGGCUGAAAAAAAAAUCAAAUUCAGAACAAAGUGAUGAAAUAAUUUAUAAAAAUAAUAUUUGGGACUUACUAGAUAGUGAAAGUGAAACAGAAUUCUGUAAGAAAUUUCAACAAAUGUCUUCUGUAUGGAGUGCAGAAUUUUUAAAUUAUUUUAAGCAUAGUAUAGUAUCAUAG